AAAAAAGAAUGUCGUUUUCGUAAUUAGAAGACUUGCAUCAAACCAAACGUAUUUUGCUUCCUUCCUUCUUUCCUUCUUCUUCCUUCCCUAAACAUUCCCAUUCCUCCUCUGUAUGGGUCUCACCACUUCCUAACUCUUCUCUCUCUCUCUUAUAUCUUCUGUCUGGUUUAAGCUAUAUGAUGAAGAAGCAAUCUCAAUUCAGAUCCAAUCAUACCCUUCUCCUCUUUCUCUGAUCAUCUUCAACAACAGUAACAACGAAUUUGGCUUCUUUAAUUUCAGUUUUUUUGGGCAGAGAGAGAGAGAGAGAGAGAAAUGGCGAUGUUGGUUGAGCCACCAAAUGGGAUUAAACAGAAAGGGAAACAUUACUACUCUAUGUGGCAAACGUUGUUCGAAAUCGAUACUAAGUAUGUUCCUAUCAAACCCAUUGGUAGAGGAGCUUAUGGUGUGGUUUGUUCUUCCAUCAACCGAGAGACUAACGAGAGAGUUGCUAUUAAAAAGAUUCACAAUGUCUUUGAGAAUCGUGUUGAUGCUUUGAGGACGUUGAGGGAACUUAAGCUUCUUAGGCAUGUCAGGCAUGAUAAUGUCAUCGCUCUUAAAGAUGUUAUGUUGCCUGCUGUUAGAUCCAGUUUUAAAGAUGUGUAUUUGGUUUAUGAGCUGAUGGAUACUGAUCUUCAUCAGAUUAUCAAAUCCUCUCAGUCACUCUCUGAUGAUCACUGCAAGUACUUCUUGUUUCAGUUGCUAAGGGGAUUGAAGUAUCUUCACUCUGCAAACAUCCUUCACCGUGACUUGAAGCCAGGGAACCUCUUAGUCAAUGCUAAUUGUGAUCUCAAGAUUUGUGAUUUCGGGUUAGCGAGAACAAGCCAAGGCAAUGAGCAGUUCAUGACAGAGUACGUGGUUACACGUUGGUACCGGGCACCGGAGCUUCUUCUUUGCUGUGAUAACUAUGGAACUUCCAUUGAUGUUUGGUCAGUUGGUUGCAUAUUCGCUGAGAUUCUUGGUAGGAAGCCGAUCUUCCCGGGAACAGAAUGCCUCAACCAGCUUAAGCUAAUCAUCAAUGUUGUUGGUAGCCAGCAAGAAUCUGAUAUUCGGUUUAUAGACAACCCGAAAGCUCGAAGGUUUAUAAAGUCUCUUCCUUUCUCAAGAGGAACACAUCUCUCCAAUCUUUAUCCACAAGCCAAUCCUUUAGCUAUAGAUUUGUUACAGAGGAUGCUUGUGUUUGAUCCAACGAAGAGAAUCUCUGUGACAGAUGCACUCUUACACCCGUACAUGGCGGGGCUGUUUGAUCCUGGAUCCAACCCGCCUGCUAAUGUUCCAAUCGCUCUGGAUAUAGAUGAGAGCAUGGAGGAACCAAUGAUCAGAGAGAUGAUGUGGAAUGAGAUGCUGUAUUACCACCCUGAAGCUGAUAUCUGAAACGCAUAAUCAGUCAUCAUGAUUCAACUUCAUCAAUGAUCAUCAAGAGUAAGCUUUUUACAGUUUUUUUCUUUCUUUCUUUCUACAAUGCAGCUUUGAUGUUAUGUAAUAUAGCGAGUCCACAAACGCGGAAACAAAUGGAUAAAAAUGCCUGGUGCUUUGAUCUCGCCUGGUUUGAUGAUUUAGUUGCAGUGAGUGAGUGAGUAGUAGUAAGUUAGUAACAGAGUUUGAAAUGUUGCUCUCAGUAUCUCUUCCCCACUUUGUAAAUUUGACUGUUUGUUACUAAGUUAGAAGGCUUUGUUCUUCUUACAUUAAUUUUGAGUUGUUGAUGAGUUUACUUCA